ACCUCCAAUGACAAGAUGAUUCUGACGGUGAUGCAGGGACUAGCACUAUUGGUGCUCACCGUUCUGCUACCUUACUAUCUGAUGUUUAUUUCUGGAAAGGCUCGACUUGUGUCGUCGCUUCCUGGGCCGACGCCUCUCCCCUUCAUUGGGAAUGCUCUAGAAAUUGGGAGGAACGGCGUAGAACUUCUAAGUAUGCUUUCCGCACUUCGUCAACAAUAUGGUUCUUUUGUCCGCCUUUGGUUGGGGCCGUAUUUAGUUGUGGCUGUGGCAGAUCCACAACAUGCGGAGACCUUCCUAACUUCGAAAACAAAUAUUACAAAAAGUUUGCAGUACAAAUUUAUAGAAGUUAUGGCUGGUAAGGGACUUCUUACAUCUACAGGCGACAAAUGGAGAUCUGACAGAAAAUUAAUAAACCCAGCUUUCAGUUACAAAAUUCUAGAAGAAUUUUUGACUGUAUUCAAUUCGCAAGCAAGUGUUUUGACACAAAAAUUGAAGAAGGAAGUUGGUGGUCCUGAGUUCGAUAUACAUAAAUAUUUAUUGCUUUGCGCCCUGGAUAUUUCAUGUGAAUCUUCUAUGGGAGUAAAAAUGAAUAUUCAAGACGACAAAAAUAACGAAUAUCUUCGAGCACUAUCUAGUGUUGAAACCUGUAUUGUGAAAAGAUGUAUGCGACCUUGGCUUUAUCCAGAUUUUAUAUUCAAUUUCACUGAAUUAGGGAAACAGCUAAAGACGUCAUUAAAAAUCGUGCGUGAAACUGCAAACAAGAUAAUACAAAAAAGGAAGAGAGAAUUCUCGCUCAAGGAGGACGACAGUGCAAAGAAUAAACAUGAAAAUGAAUUUGGAUACAAAAAGAAGACUCCCUUUUUAGAUUUACUACUGCAGCAUGAAAGAGAUGGGUAUUUUACUGAUCAAGAUAUCCAGGAUCAAGGUCAUGAUACAGUUGCUACAUCAUCGGGAUUCUGUUUGUGGUUACUCGCAAACCAUCCGCAAUGUCAGCAUUUAUUAUUAUAUCUUAAGGUUUUAAUACACAGUUCACCGCAGCAUAAAUAUUAA